AUUUGCAGCCAAGUUACUGGUGUCGUGCAGGAGACGGGGGCGAGAGUGCGCAGUGGCGUCCCAGUGAAAGCUGCGCUGCGGUGGAGACGGCCAGCUGCUCCGCUCCCAGUGACACUUAAUGAGAUUAGAUGUUUCGUCUUAGUCUGCACCAGUGCAAAGGGGGUCAGCCUCGGGAUUAGCACCUUGCUCAGGAGUGACAUCACUUCAGCUCACUUUUUUUUUUAUUUUUAAACAGCAAUUCUUUCCUCUUCCAGUCGAUCCGCUUCAGGUCAUGGAUUCGACUGCUGAGUGGGAUGUUUUGAAGGACCAUGUGAAGCUCUCUGGAAGUUCUGCUCUUGAAUGAGGCAAGUGAGAGAAGGAGGCAGCUCGAGAGGAGAGGCACAGCUGUGGAUGAGUCUUCUGGACCGGUCACCCUCAUGCCACUGGGAAAUAACAAAGUGGGUGAUGACAGCACGGUUGGCGCGAACAAAGCUUCGGCUGACGGGAAGACUCUGGUGGACUCUCUGGUGAAGGUGGUGGCCUGCUACAGGCAGCUGGCCUCGUGUGUCGGCGGCUCCACCGACAGUCUGCAGCUGCGAGAUGAACUGCGGCAAACACGAGAAAAAGCCCAGACGCUGGCCGUGUCCAUCUGCCAUCACCUGACCCGACACCUGCGCGACAGGAACCUGCCGUCAGAGCAGAGGAAGGAGAUGGAGCUGCUGUGGGUCACCUUCUCUUCCUGCCUGGAGCUCCACCAUGUUGACAUGUGCAAGGUGCUGAAGAUGUCUGAGCUUUUCGCUCUGGCCAACGCCGCGGCGCUGGUCAAGACUGGGGUUGAAGGAGGCGUUGGGGAAGUCGCAGCUCGGGCCCUGAGUGUGGCUGACCUGAACCCGGCCCAGAAUCCAGCUCUGCCCAACAGCCUGGAGCAUCAGGAGCGCAGCGCCACGGAGCAGGAGAUCAGCCAGAUCGACCACAUGAUCGAGGACAUGGAGACGAAGGUCAACGUGAUGAGGUGGAUGGUGGAGCCGCUCGGGCCCCAGUACCCGGAGCCACUCAGCCGCAGCAACAGUGCCUCCUUGGCGCUGCUCUCAGUGGACGAAGAGGAGCCUGGACCCAGACCUCUGUGCCAGCAGAACCGCGUCUUUGUGCUCUUCUUGCUGUGUCUUGUGAUUCUGGUCGCGGCUACUUUAUCAGCAUGCAUUGUCUUUUUCUCAUGAUGUGAAGCUUAGCAACACCCUGGAACGUAAAAUGAGCUGCUUCAACUUUGCUCUCAGUUGCAUAGUUAUAUCUAAUGAAUAUUCUCUAAAGCAAAAUGCUGGAAUAGACCCAAUAUUUGAUAAUCAUAACAGCCUGCAUGAUUCAAAUCCGCGCUGUUCAUGAGUGCUUUGUAGGAAAGAAAAGCUUUCCACUUCCAUUUGUGUGUUUGAUGUAAACAUUGAACUUUCAUGUCUUAUAAAAAGCUCAUCUUUAACUUGUUAUCAUUUUAAAUAUUUGACACAUUUUGAAAAUAAAGAUAA